GUUUCAAAAUGAAGUAUAUCUAAUAAAAUGUCGAAUAGCACUCGCCUUCGAGGACGAAUUGCCUUAAUUACUGGUUCCACCAGUGGAAUCGGAUUCGCUAUAGCCGAAAGGCUAGCAGAAGACGGUGCUAGAAUUAUAAUAUCGAGCAGAAAACAAGAAAACGUCGAUGGAGCCCUAAAGAAAUUAGCGGAAAAAGGACACGAUGUCUGUGGGGUAGCUUGUAACAUUAGCAAUGUGGAUGAUAGGAAGAAGUUAGUUCUGCAAGUGGAGAGAAUUGGAGGUUUGGACAUUUUCGUUCAAUGCGCAGGAGCGAAUCUUUUCAACGGACACAUUUUGGACUGUCCCGAAGACAGAUGGGACAAAACAAUGGACAUUAACUUGAAAUCCACUUGGUUGCUAACGAAAGAUCUUCUUCCGUUUUUAAAAAACAGCAAGUGCGGAAGAGUCAUUUAUAAUUCCUCUGCAAGUGUGCACGCGCCACUUGAGAUUUUAGGCGUGUACCCGGUUAGUAAAGCGGCGUUACAUUUGUUAACGAAAACGGUUGCACUUCAGCUAGGUCGGUUGAAUAUUACAGUAAAUUGUUUGGUGCCAGGACUAAUCGAAACGCCCUUUAGCGAAGUCCUUGUUAAAGACGAGGAAGCUAAAAGUGUGUGGAACUCCCUGGUUUGUAUAAAAAGGUAUGGCAAGCCAGCAGAUGUUGCUGGAAUUACUGCCUUUCUAGCAUCAGACGAGGCGAGUUUUAUUUCUGGAGAGUGCAUUGUCAUUGCAGGUGGUUUCCCUUCAUCCAGGCUUUAAUUAUUGCAUUACAAUUGAAGUUAAUUAAAAAAAACAUUAAAUGCGUAUAUAAUUA